AUGGUUAAAAGUAUUGCAAGUUAUAUUGGUAUAUUGAGGUUUAAAUGAUGAUGAAUUUCCCAAAUUCAUCUCAAACCUCGACCUCCCUUAUAUUUCUCCUAUUUUGAGACGCACCAGCUCCAGUUGAUGCUUGAAAUUAUCGACUGGCCAAGUUUUCUCAAAAUGCUCCCAUUUUCUAACUAUAUAUGAUUUGUGCGAAGGAAAAUUAACGGGAUUCAAAAUAGAAACUAAUUUAUUCUAUCGUUUAUUUAGACUGGUACAAAAUUAGAGAGAAAAGUCACAGAUUUCAAAUUAGUGAAUAAAUCUGCUGAUGUUCUUAAAUCAUCUGCUAGAAACUUAUCAUCGUUUUUAAAGAAAGAAGUGAUAAAUCCAUGGAGUGUAUCAUCAGAUUCUGUACAAGUUAUUAAAGAAGAAAAUGUAAUAUUUGAAUAUGCUGGUCAGAAGAAACAUAAUUCUGCGAACCUUUUGGGUGUAGUUGUUCUUUCAGUACUAUUUGGAAUCAUUCUGAGUGGCCUUGGCGAUAAUGGAAAGCCAAUAGUGGACUUGUUUAGUUGUUUGUUCAAAGUUGUCAUGAAAAUAGUUGAUGUAGUUAUAUGGUACGUAUAUCGAGCUAUAUCUUUAUUUAAUUUAAUUAACAAUUCCAAGCCAUGCACAUAUAAUGAUUCCCAAGCUGAAAUAAUUAUAUAGUUUAUAGAGAAUAAAUACAUGAACCUACAGUAAACUUACGGCAAUAUGGAAAACAUUGACUUACGUCAGCACCAGUUUAAUUGUUUUAAACUGCUUUUAGGUUUUCGCCCAUUGGUAUCGGCAGUAUAAUUGCGAGCGAGUUAGUGGCAAUGCAAGAUAUUAAAGGCAUAGCAGAAAAUCUUGGACUGUUUAUUGUGACUAUAAUCACUGCAUCAAUCAUUUAUGGACUUGCAAUUCUACCGGCUAUAUAUGCAAUUUUAUUGAGAAAAAAUCCUUUUCGACUUCUGUGUUGUGUUGCCAAAUCACUGCUUACUGGUAUUGGUACUGCAUCGAGGUGA